AUGCCUUCCUCCAAAGAUACUCCUACUACCCUCGUUACGCAGAUCCUCUCCCACUUUAAGAACGCCACCGGGCCCCAAGAACGGGACAAGGUUCGCACCCUCCUCAGAGCAGCGCUCGCGGAAGGUCGCCUCGACGGAGAGACGGUUGCUCUCCUGCUAAGCUCCAAUGAGUUUCUGGCUCAGCCGAGAGCGGGCAAGGUCGACGAGAUUUCCAGGCAGGCUGAGGGUAUCAUCGCUAAAUUGGCUGAGAGGGACGCGCUCAAGGAGCCGACAUUUCAAGAGCUCGAGCUCCGCCUCGCCACUCCCAAGCGGAAAUACAAGACCGUGGCUCCGUACACGAAAACGGCGAAGGAGUCGCGUCUGGUCGACGCUGAGUCGUCGUCGUCGUCGUCGAGUGCAACCUCGAGUAGCACAAGCUCGGCGCUGCCCGACGGCUCGCGGGUACUCUCUGUAACGCGGGUUAUGCAGCGGACGCAGGGCAUGCCGGAGCAACGGUUCGAGAUGCCCGGGGGAUCGUCCCUUGGGGUCAUGAAUAUCGGGUUGGCACCACCGACAACGUCCGCGACGGGCCACUCACCUCAUCUCGCGGGCGCGCCAAUGCCACAGGGCCCGCACGCGACCCAUGUCUCCGCCUUCCAGCUGCAGCUUCCGGCAAGCAGCUCUACCACUCAUGUUGCAUCUCCCCAGCAUCCCCAAGCGCCCGCGCUGGAGCAAUUCCCCCCUCCGAUAGGGGCGUACAUGGCCCCGCUCCCUCCCAAACUCUACGCACCUCUUGCUCCGUACGCCCACCCAGUCACCGCACAAGCUGUCAACCCCGCCCCGAGCCCCGACUUUACGGCGGUCCCGAGAGCGCUUGCGGCUGCACCGCGAACAAACCCCUUGCCGGCCAUGAAAGUCUAUCCUGACGGGAUGUCGGGCUACCUGGACUACGGCAUCCCGGUGACGCGAAACAAUCAGGAGGAGACGAUGUCGACGGCCGUCAGUAUUCCCGAAGAUUAUGGCCGGUGCAUGGUUCCGCCAGGCGAGGUGUCAGAGAAUGCGUCGCAGCCCGAGGGGCCGAUGGCAGGGCUUAGAGAGCUGGAGGAUGUCAUGGCCGAGUUGGACGGGGAAGCCAUGAAGGACAUCGCAUUAGAGAUAUAUCGCAUGCUGACAGAGGGGCAGGGUGCGAUGUCUAGUGCUCAGUGA